AGCUGCUAAGAUGGGCAUGAGGAUCAAGCUGCACAGCACCAACCACCCCAACAACCUGCUGAAGGAACUCAACAAGUGCCGCCUCUCCGAGACCAUGUGCGACGUCACCAUCCUGGUGGGCUCCCGCUCCUUUGCCGCGCACAAGGCCGUGCUGGCCUGUGCUGCUGGCUACUUCCAGAACCUCUUCCUCAACACUGGGCUGGACGCUGCCAGGACCUACGUGGUGGAUUUCAUCACACCGGCCAACUUUGAGAAGAUCCUGAGCUUUGUGUACACCUCGGAGCUCUUCACCGACCUCAUCAAUGUGGGGGUGAUCUACGAGGUGGCGGAGCGGCUGGGCAUGGAGGAUCUGCUGCAGGCUUGUCACUCCACCUUCCCUGACCUGGAGAGCUCGGCCAUCACCAAGCAGCCUGCUCUGUCUGUGGGGGAAGGCAGGGCUGGGGUGCUGAGCAGCACCUCCUCGGAGCAGAGCCACUCUUUGGGGGACAUCCGGAGUGGCGCGGAGCAUUUCGGCCCCGAGCGGAAUUAUCUCCUGCACGGGGACGUGGUGGGAAGCUACAAAGAGGAUGACAGGAAUGCUGUGGGUGAGGCCAGCCAGGCUCUUCCCCUGAUGCACCCACAGCAGCCUCCCAAGACAGAGCAGGAGUCUGAUGCAGGACAAUUCACUCCAGUCACGGGUCUGGGGGCUCAGCCUGGUGGGAAUGUCGUGGCACAGACCACUGGCAGCUCCUGCCCUCAGUACAAGGCCCAGAGCAAUGGUGACUACAGCAAGGGUGGCUUCUUCCCCACUGACCCCUCCCUGGAUGUCUCCACGGGGAGCAAUUCCUGCCCCAGCAACAGCGACCACUCCAAAGAGCAGGGAUUCGAGCAGAUGGAUGAGCUCCAGCUGGAGGAUUUGGGAGAGGCUGAGCUGCAUUUUGAGGAUGCUGGAGAAGAGCUGGUCCCAUCUGAGGAAGUGAUAGAGCUGAGUGAUGACAGCGAGGAGGAGCUGGCCUUCGAGAGCGACAGCCGGGACAGCAAGGCCAUGCCCUGCCAGGUGUGCAAGAAGGUUCUGGAACCCAACAUCCAGCUGAUCCGCCAGCACGCCAGGGACCACGUGGACCUGCUGACAGGGAACUGCAAGGUCUGUGAGACCCACUUCCAGGACCGUAACUCCAGGGUGACCCACGUGCUGUCCCACAUCGGCAUCUUCCUCUUCUCCUGCGACAUGUGCGAGACCAAGUUCUUCACCCAGUGGCAGCUGACGCUGCACCGGCGGGACGGGGUCUUCGACAACAACGUCAUUGUCCACCCCAGCGACCCCCUCCCGGGCAAGGUGGCUGUUUUUGGGGGAGGGCCCGGCCCUGAGCUGGCCUGUGCUGCCUGUGGGAAGCCCUUGGCCAAAGAUUUCCAGACGGUCCGGAACCACCUGCUGGAGCAUGUGAACCUGAAGAGCCAAACGUGCGGCGUGUGCGACCAGCGGCACCUGAGCCUCUGCAGCCUGCUGUGGCACGCCCUGUCCCACCUGGGCAUCUCUGUCUUCUCCUGCUCUGUGUGUGCCAGCAGCUUUGUGGACAGGCAGCUCCUGGAGAAGCACCUGGCCGUGCACCAGCACGUGGAGGAGGCUCUUUUCCAGUGCCACUUCUGCAGCCAGAGCUUCAAGCUGGAGGCCGCUUAUCGCUACCACGUCAGCCAGCACAAAUGUGGGGGCAGCCUGGACAUCCGGGCGGGAUUUGGGGAGCGCCUGCAGCCCCAGGGGCUGCCCAAGAGGAAGCUGCCCGAGGAGUUCUUGAGCGAGGAUCUGGCGCUGCAGAACCAGCCAGGGAACAGCAAGUACAGCUGCAAGGUUUGUGGCAAGAGGUUUGCCCACACCAGCGAGUUCAACUACCACCGGCGCAUCCACACCGGGGAGAAGCCGUACCAGUGCAAGGUGUGCCACAAGUUCUUCCGAGGGCGUUCCACCAUCAAGUGUCACCUGAGGACACACUCGGGGGCCCUGAUGUAUCGCUGCACCGUGUGUGGCCACUACAGCUCCACGCUCAACCUGAUGAGCAAGCACAUAGGGGUGCACAAGGGCAGCCUCCCGCCAGAUUUCACCAUCGAGCAGACUUUCAUGUACAUCAUCCAUUCCAAAGAGGCUGAGAAAAACACGGAUAGCUGAUGGGGAAGAAGAGUGUUCAUUAAUGAUGGAGGAGGAGGAAAAAAGGAAAGAGAAAAAAAAAAAAAAAAGAAACAAACCAAGUUGUUUCGUUUUAUUUAAUGGUCAGGCAUC